AUGGACGGACCAAAUUCAUCACCUGGUGAUGGUUCGGCCGGUUGGAAUGGAGGUCAAAACGGUCCAAAUGGCCCAGGACAACCUACUGGUCUUGGAGGGGGACAAGGGUGGAACGGAGCAGCUCAUUCCGGUUUUCCAAAGGACGGCUCUAGCGCAUGGGCAGACUGGAGAAAUAGCACUGUCACGGCAUCGCCAACCCAGACCCCGGUGUCGUUGACGCCAACAUUGGAUCCAAGUGCUGAUCCAACCAUUGACGCCUCGACUACCUGCACCACCAUGUCCUCUUCCUCGACCACAUUGCAACCAAGUGAACCUGUUGCAGCUAUCUUGGUUGCUGAUCCCGCUAGCUCAACGACCUACACAGUCUCGACGACCGGGUCUUCUUCAGUUACGACGACAUCAUCAGAUCCUUCUGUUGGACUUCUCUUAUUUGCUGACGCAACUAACUUUACGAGCUCUACCACUUUCGCGAACGGCUCUUCCAUUUCGACGACCUUGCAGGCCGAUCCUUCUGUUGCAAUUCUCUUAGCUACUAAUGCCACCAGCUCGACGAGCUAUACUACCUCCACGAUCGGAUCUUCAUCCGCCUCCACGACGUUGCAAGCAGAUCCUGCUGCUGCAUAUGUCGUACUUCCGGACACCCCCAGUUCAACGAGCGCUACGGUCUCCACGACUGAGUCUUCCUCCUCGACGACAUCACAAGCAGAUCCUUCUGUUGCAGCAGUUAUUUUAGUUGCUGACGCCGCCACAUCAACGAGCUCUACAACCUCACAACAGGAUCCGUUUGACGAAAUUACUACCACAAGUGCUGCCAACCUUGAAUCGACACCGUCGCUGACUACCAGCUCUUCGACAUCGCAACCGAUUCAAGCAGAUGCAGAUAUCGACAUCAUUCCUGCGCCAACGACUUCAACAUCAACGAUCGUCCUACCUGCAGAUGUCAUUACUACCUCCGCGCAAACGACAUCAACGUCAACAAUCGUACUGUUCGCGGAUGAUGUGUUAGCAACCACGUCGGGCUCCACCACCACUGCAGCUUCAUCAACGACCGUGUUUCUGGAGGACCCAUUGUCUUCCACCACUGCAACUUCGUCGUCGACGAGUCUGAUCCUAGAUGACCCACUGUCUUCUACCACAUCAUCAACGACGUCAGCAUCCUCAACCACCUCUGCGGCAGUUACCCCAGACACACCCCCAAGCCGCGUAGCAGGUGAUGGUAGCUUCUUGGUUUCCCUGUCAUCUGGUGUGGGUUCGAAGCUCAGACGCCAAAGCACCGCGAGCUACCUGGGCUUCUCGGGGACUGUAGCCAUCGCUGUUACUGACAUCAACGAUGCCUGGGCCUUGGUUUUCAAUGACCUAACCCAAGUCCUUGGGUUCAGUGGACAGUCCGGCUACAUGGGUUUUGAUAGCGACACACUCACCGAACCUGUUCGCAAGACCAGUGAUGAUGGCACUUAUGCUCCGGCGUUCUAUGUUGGGUGGAACGUGGACGCCAUCACAGGUAUCCUUGACUUUGGAAGUUCGCAGUUCUGCAUCUCCACAAACGCAACGCUCUUCGCUUACUGGGAUCUCGUCAUCCCUGAUGACUGCACUCCCGUCACGCUGAUCGAUACAGACUUCACUGCUGUCGUAUCUUCAACAACCAGCACCGUGGCCAGCACGACAACCUCCAGCUCGGCGCCAACCUUGACAACUACCUCAAUCGCGCUUUUUGAAGAUGAGGCAUUUACCUCAACCUCCAGCACUUCAUCGGAUCCAGUAACCACCACAUCGUCGACCACAUCUGACCCUAGUUCAACUACUUCUGGUCCAGCCACGACCAUACUUUCGAUAGAACUUUUGGAUGCGGAUCUAUCUUCAACCUCGACACUCACGACCACGACUUCCAGCUCCUCGACCUCGGCGGACCCGGUGAUCUUGGCGGCUGAUGCUGUAACCACUUCCUUCUCUACUUCGGCUACCACUUCCUCUUCAUUCACAUCUACUACCUCGUCCAGCCUUGCCGAUCCCCUGGUCGACCUCCUCGCCAUUACGAUUAGUAGUUCGACAAUCUCGACCACGCAGACACUAACGACAACAUCAAGUCUCACCACGUCUACAUCUGUGGCCGACUUCUUGGACUUGGCUGCUGAUCCCAACUCCACAACAAGUACGCGAUCCACCUUGAGCACAACCACAGCUUUUGAUGCAGACCCUACUUACACGUCGUCUAGCAGCACAAGCUCCUCGUCGACCAGCCCUGCACUGGUAAUUGAGGAUAUUGCAGUCGCUGCCACUACCUCUUCUGCUGCCGCAACUUUUACGACCACUUCGUCAAAAUUCAAUGAUCCUGCAAGCUCUACCACCACGUCAUCAAGCAUUACCACUUCCAUAACAUCCGCGACCCUAUUGAUCCUCGAAGACGUGGCAGCGGCGACUACCACGACGCGAUCGACAAGCUCGACCCCCACGUCGUCAAGCUUUACCACUUCCAUAACGUCCGCGACCUUAUUGAUCCUCGAAGACGUGGCAGUUCCGACUACCACGACGCGAUCGACAAGCUCGACUGAUACCGCCAUUAUCACUUCAGCUGUUAAGCUCGAAGCACCAGCAGUUGUCACAACCACAACUUCGUCAAGCGUGGAUAAAGAUCCAACGACCACUAGUACUGCAUCCAGCUCUUCGAGCACUUCAGAUGAUCUCUUGGACGCGAUAGUGGACGAUCUGCUCAAUCUGCGAAGACGCAAAUUCAGCGGGAUGAACUACAGGGGUAAAAACUAA